AACCUUCUCAUAAAUUCACUUCCAAUUGGCCCAUCCUCUAAUUCUCUCACCUCCAUGGAUUCUCUCUCCAAGCUCCACCUCUGUUUUCUCGCUGCAGCUCUCCUCUCCGCCACUGCCCAUGGCUACGCCGUCGUCACCGGCACCGUCUUUUGUGAUCAGUGCAAGGAUGGUCAAAUUUCCAUGUUCGAUUACCCGAUGAAUGGUGUUAAAGUGAUGGUGGCCUGUGGCGAUGGCAAUGGGGGAGUGACGUAUUUGAGGGAGGAGACUACGAAUUUGUUUGGAAGCUUUACGAUGAGAUUUGAUGGAAUGCCGGAUCUUAGCGGCUGUUAUGCGACGGUUGGUGGAACUGGAGAGGGAGCGACGACGGACUGCGGCGGUGCUGGUAGCCCGCCAAGGAGUCUUAGGUUAAUGUUUAGAUUGUUUAGUAUGGAAAUGUAUGUAGUUGAUUCGUUGCUGUCUCAACCGACUCAACCAAUGUCAUUCUGUUCCGCAUCGGUUCAUCCGGUCCCGGCCCCGGCCCCGGUUGUUAUGCCACCACCGCCGAAUUUGCCUCCUCCUUUGAAGAUGCCACCGCUUCCUCAACUGCCGCCACUUCCGCCGCUUCCUCAGCUGCCGCCGAUGCCAUUCUUGGAAGUAUCAGCUUGUCAACAUGAAAAUUGGACGAAUCCAGAUUACAAAUGCUAUUGGAGGGCGGUGAACCCAGACACAAAAGUGGGCGUGGUUUUUGGACUGCUGGCGGCGAACCGGUACGGGACGGACCUGACCCUAUGGAACGGGCUACAGGGGCGAGGGGACCCUUAUAGGACCCUUCUACGAGAAGCCAUAACGGCGUUCCUCAAUUCCUACAAUUCCGUUCAUUUCCCCUACCCUACACUGUCUGUAGUGGAAGGCUUAAAUUGGGCCUUAUUGGGCUCUCAACGGGCCGUCCUCCACACGGCCCUUCGUUUCAAACGGGCCAACUCUGGUAAUAGCCACGUCACCUGCAAAUUCGAUCCUUGCCAAUAACUAAUAAUAAUAAUGUUACUUGUUAUAGAUAUUAAUUAAUGCUACUAUGUAAGAUCUUGAGUGUCAUUUUAGUUGGU